GACAGAAUUCUCGCUGUGCCCAUCCGAAUGCUCACUUCAACAAUUUUAUAAUCUAUCGUGUGAACCAUAGAUCAUGUGGCGUGAACUAUAGAGCAUGACUCUUUGUUAUGAAAUCAGAAAUGUACGCGAACAAAGAUAAAACACCUAUGCAUCACGUGACGUAUUGCUGUCAAGCGGGUUAACAACAACAGUGUUAGAACCUACGAUGGUGGUGGAGAGGGAGUGUUUGCUUUUGUAUUUGCAUAUCCCUUAUAGAUAGAGUGUAAGUGUUUUCUGUUUUGUGUGUGAGACGAUGAUGUUCCUUUAAAUACGUUUGCCAAGAGUGACAUCCCCCAGCCUUUAAUGAGUUACGCUUGAAAUGGGUUUUGUGGUUAACACAUUAUGACUCAGUUAUUCUCGUGAUUGUCACCCACCGAGAGACUCGCCGAAAUGUUCAGAAGUAGAAGCUGGUUUGGAGGCGGCUUAUGGAAACCGAAAAAUCCACAUUCAUUGGAACACCUUAAGUACCUGUACAAUGUUUUAUCUAAAAACCAAUCAGUGUCAGAAACAAAUAGAGGACUUCUUGUAGAAACAUUGAGGUCAAUUGCUGAAAUACUAAUAUGGGGUGACCAAAAUGACAGCAGUGUCUUUGACUUUUUCUUGGAAAAAAACAUGCUGUCUUUCUUUUUAAAAAUAAUGAAGCAAAAAUGUGGAAGCUAUGUUUGUGUGCAGCUACUACAGACCUUAAAUAUUUUAUUUGAAAAUAUUCGAAAUGAAACGUCUUUGUAUUACCUUCUGAGCAAUAAUCAUGUAAAUUCAAUUAUAGUUCACAAAUUUGAUUUCUCUGAUGAAGAAGUUAUGGCGUACUAUAUAUCAUUUCUGAAGACCCUCUCAUUGAAACUAAAUGCUCAUACAGUACACUUUUUCUACAAUGAGCACACAAAUGAUUUCCCUUUGUACACUGAGGCAAUAAAAUUUUUCAACCACCCAGAGAGCAUGGUGCGUAUUGCAGUACGAACACUGACACUGAAUGUAUACAGGGUAGAAGACAGAUCAAUGCUCAAAUUUAUCCGAGACAAAACAGCUGCUCCAUAUUUUUCAAACCUUGUUUGGUUCAUUGGCAAUCACGUCCUAGAGCUUGAUAUAUGUGUUCGAAAUGAUGCUGAUCAUCAGAGUCAGAAUCGCCUAUCAGAUCUCGUUGCUGAACAUCUUGAUCAUUUGCAUUAUCUGAAUGAUAUUUUAUGUUUGGAUAUCGCUGACUUGAAUCAAGUCCUUACUGAUCAUCUACUGAAUAAACUACUUAUACCAUUAUAUGUGUAUUCCCUAACAAAACGAAGGAGGCAUUCACAGCUUGAGGAUACGAAGCCCCAUGUAAGCAGUGUUGUUUCAUUAUUCCUGUUGUCACAAGUUUUCCUUAUUAUCACCCACAAGCCACUGGUUCAAGUGUUAGCAUGGAUAAUACUCAAUGGUGACAUGGAAAUUUUUUCACAAGGAGCUUCUGAUAAACUUGCAACUUAUAGACGGGCUCAGGUCACUGGAACGAUAAAACCUGGGUUUGUUCCACCAACAGAGACACUGGAAAAAUCUUUGGAAACAAGCGCACUUGAUAUUUCAAAGGAAAGUGAUGCAUCACCUGGUACUGAUGCUGUAUUGGGAACAAAUUCCUGUCUUGAAAAAAAAACUACAGAACAUCAAGAGAGCAAUGACAAUACAUUGAGUGAGUAUCCUGAUGAUGAUUCUACUGACCUUAAUGUCAACAUAACAGAUGAAGAAAAAGAGCGCUUGGCACUAGAAACAUCAAAUCCACAAAUGACAGUAGCAGCAGCGGCAGCAGCACCAGCACCAGCGCCACCAACAGCAGUAUCCGAUAGCACAACUGUGGCCCCAGUGGUGCCACAGCAGUCUCAAACACUUAGCAACAAACCAUUUUUGGAAAUGAUUUUCAACACCCUGCAGUGUUCAGAAAAUGAUUAUUCUGCUCUGUUUGCACUUUGUUUGCUGUAUGCAUUGGGCCACAAUCAAGGUGUAAAUGAAGAACUUAUUGACACGGUUCUGCUUCCUUCAGAGAAGCCAGAGACUCGACACUGGUACAACGUUCUUCUAGUUGAGAAGCUCAUUAAAAUUAUAUCACAAGCAUGCCAGUCAAAUAGUCGAAUACGACUUGUGACAUUGGAACUUAGUAUUCGCUUACUAAUACAGCUAGUGAUGAAGAAUGGACAAAGUUUCCUCCGUGAUGGUCACCUGGCGGCAAUUGAAGGAGCGAAAGAGGAAAGUGUAGCUCUCCUGAGAAAUUUUUAUAAGAGUGAAGAAAUAUUUCUCGAUAUGUUUGAAGAUGAAUACAAUGAAAUGAAGAAACGCCCACUGAAUGUAGAGUGGCUUAUGAUGGAUUCCAACAUACUACUGCCACCAACAGGAACUCCUAUGACAGGAAUUGAAUUUAGCAAACGGUUACCAUGCGGAGAGGUUGAACGGGCAAGACGGGCAAUAAGAGUGUUCUUCUUGGUCAGAGAUCUGUCAUUGACCCUUAGAGGGGAGCCUGAAACUCAGUUGCCUCUCACAAACCCACAGUCAUGUGUUCAAGUUGAUGUUGUUCUAGAUCUAAAUAACAGCGACCUGAUUGCAUGCACUGUGGUUAACAAAGAAGGACACAAAAUUCGACGAUUUCUUGUUAUUGAUGUAAUGCAGUUUAUUCUUGUUGAACCUGACACAAGACGCCUUGGAUGGGGUGUUACAAAAUUUGUUGGUUUCCUUCAGGACAUAGAAGUUACAGGAGACAAAGAUGACUCCCGUUGCUUGCAUAUUACUGUUCACCGUCCACUUUCGAGUAGCUCUUCCAACCGUGUGCCACUGUUGUCAGCAAAGUUCAUAUUUGAUGAUCAUAUUAGGUGCAUGGCAGCUAAACAACGGCUAACGAAAGGACGUAUAAAAGCACGCCAGAAGAAAAUGCACAUGAUAGCCAGGCUUCUAGAUCUUCCUACCAAUGUGUUGCCAUGUCCCUCUCCACCACCUUAUAAUCUCAUGGCACAGCGUGCAGCUGAAGCAUCAGCAAGAUCAAGCAGUGGUAGAGCCCCACAACGUAAAACGUAUCGACGCUUUCAAUUCCAAGUCAACAGAGUUCCAGGAUUUGCAGCAGCCCGUGGCCAGGAUAGCCCUCCUUCUACAAGCAGGUCUAGCUCACCAUGUAACAGGCGCUCAGGCUCACAAGAGCGAGUAUCUUGUUGUGAACUUCCACCUGCAGGAGUAAGCCAUGGUGCUGUCAGGUCGAGAGAGGGCUCAAAUUCUCCUCGACUGCCAAGACCACGCAGUGAGGAAAUACCUCUUGAAGAUAUGAGUACAAAGAAAACUGGUAGAGGCACCAAUGGUGUUGCAGGAACAUCUGGGAGCAUAAAUCCACCAGUGAAGAUGAGGCACAAACCUUUACAUCAUAGAGAUGCAAUGUUUAGAUCACCAAUGACCCCUUCUCCAGUGCCACAGCAAGAUUCAUCUGAAACUGCAACAGAAACGCCGACACCAGUUGCUAGUGAUAGUACUAUUACAGCUCCACUGCCAUCGACCUCACAGCCAUCCUCGACACCACCGCCUCCAACACCACCUCCACAACCACCUCCUGUUAGUUCAGAGGAAACUUCUUUCACUCAGAUGCCUGAUGGUAUACAGGCAGAAGAAAAGAAACUUCGUAGAAAGAAAGGCAUGGUUGAAACUGUAUGAAACAAGACAAAGGAUAUGUGACAUAACAUAUCAUUAUUUCAUGAAGUGCAAUGCAGAUUUGACAAUAUGUCCAGUGUUAUGUUGACAGUACAGAAAUGGUGCAGAAUGGUGACAUUUGUUAUUAAGCUCAUGGAAUUUCACUUCUACAGUGCUACAAUUACAGUCAGAUACAAUGUGAGUGUUAAGUGCAAGUCAUCACAGCUAGUGUAUGUCAAUGCACACUUCUUACAUACUUUGAACAAGAUUACUGGAAUUUUUUGUUACUGUGUUUUGUCAUUAUUUGUAUGCUAGAAACAUACUUGAAUGAAGUCUUCACUUCAUCAAUUAUUGGUUCACCACUUCAAACUGAUUAAUCAUUUACUUUCACACUUUUGCAUUGGAACAACUCAAAAUAACAUGAAACAUGAAAUGUCAUCAGUUGUGCAGAAAUUGGUAGAUGUAUGUGAUAACAUUUAGUGUCAGAGGUAUAGAAAUCAUACUUUCAUAUGACACAGAUGUUAUAAGAGGUUUUCACUGACACAAAUUAGUUACAAAGCAUCCUUUUUUUUAAAAUUAUGCAUCACUGUGUAAGUGAUAAGAAGGGAAAAAUUUCCAGGGGAAACUAGAUUGUCGUUUGUGGUAUAUAAUGCUUUGGUCAUAAAUCUUAUGUGCACAAAAAGGCUUCCAAUAAUGGUUUUUCAUUGCCUGUGAAUAUAAAUGUGGUGUUGAACAUUCAUUUAUAGUGGCACUAUAUUAUUUUUGUUCUUACACCAGCUUAUUAAUAUUUAUUUAUAGUAAUACACCAAAGUAUUCAGAGCAGACAAUUAGGAUUUGUUUGUCAUGAUGUAUACAGCACAGUUACUGCUUUAGUAAUAAUAUGGGUGAAAUCUGAGCAUGUAACUAGAUUUAAAGAGGUAAUAGAAAAGAGUUCAAUAACCUAAUAAUAUUUCAUUAUCUUGAAGUAUUGUAUAGAAAUACUGUAUAACAAGUGAUGGACACUCUUUUGGCACCUGAGUGAUGGAUUAAACCCUCAACAUAUGUGAAUCUAUAGAUAAUAAAUAAUAUAAUAUUAUGAAGAAUAUUACAGACUACAAUCAUAAAUAUACACAUUUCAUGUGGAAGGAAAGACAGACCAGCCAAACUGAGAAAUUAGGAGAAAAUUUCUGUGUUAAUGAAAGACUACAUAUAUACUGAUGUUUUACAGUCUCCUCUCUUUUUGAGUAUAUAUGCUGUGCUAAAAAAAAAAAAAAAAAAAAAAAAAAACACUCAUUUCGGUAGAGACCAAGUUCAUUCAACGUUAUAGGCACAGUUCGCAGUGGUAUUGUACUGCUUCGAAAUGUUACAUCUUAGAAAUCGCACAGCAGAAUUUGUAUGUUUGUGUAAUAUUUUUCAUAAAUAUUGUAUUAUUUUGAUCUUGGUAAAAUUUUGUGUUUUAGAGCUUAUUGUAUCACUUGCGUGCAUUCUGAAUGAAAACUCAUUUUGUUUUGGAGGAGGUCAGAGCUUGGCCUCAUGCCUGUUGAUACAGUUUAGCUGAAGUGCAAAUGGAAUUUAAGUAGAUCACAUGUCUCACAAAAAUAGAAAGAGGUCUAUAUACUAAAUGUGCUAUUAUUAAGUUUCAUUCUGUGGACAUCACUUACUUAUUCUCAUGCUGCAUAACUGAUGCAUAUCUUGCACAUCACUCAUUUCAUACCCUUGCAAGCAACUGCUUGUGAUUGAAUGUAUGUUUUAAUGUAGUUCAGUUGAUAUGAGCUGAGCUUCCAUUGCCAAAGGUACAAAGAUAACAUACUCAUUAACUAUCCUAAACACAUUUUUAGUAAACCCAGUUUGCAUUUGUAAGAAUAUUUAAAAAAAUUUGCACCUGUUUUUAUGAUGUGUCUGCUGCCUCUUUUAUUAUAUUUUUUGCUAUGAAUAGCAUGAAAAAAGAGCAGCAGCAUGCAAACUAAGGUUGUGGUUUAAAAAAUUGUGAGUAUAAAUUGUAAAUAUUUAUUUUGUUUGUAGAAAGACUUCUUGACUGCAGCUAUCUUGUAAAUACAUUGUAACAAAAGAUAAUAAAUAUCAAUACUGCUGUUGUUAA